CAUGUCCAUUUGAUACACACGUUUGAACUAUUUUAUUAAACAAUAUACCUAGUUAAUAAAAAAUCAUUUCAAUGAUCUCAUUGUGUAAAUAUUAAUAAUUGUGUUGCAAAUUCGACCAUUUGUGUAAUUAAAAGGUAUUUGUAUAUGCAUGAAUACCUAAACAAGUGUUGUUAAAAGUUUGUGGAGUUUGGAAAAAAUAUAUCAAAAUGAUUAAAUUAUCGUUCACGGAAGCAAUGAAGAUCGGUUUUAUCGGAGGCGGCCGAUUGGCAUUUGCCCUAGCCAACGGAUUCAUAUCUGCAGGUUUGGCAAAACCCGAUGAGAUCACAGCGAGUUGUCAUCCUUCAGACUUGGCCAGUGCCGAAGCAUUUAAGAGCCUAGGAUCAACAGCGCUAUUCGAGAACAAACCGGUGGUAGAGAGAUCUGAAGUAGUCAUCGUGUCGGUGAAGCCUGAUGUAGUCGUGCCAGUGUUAAGAGAAGUCAGGGACUUGCCGUCUGCCAAGAACAAGCUGUUCAUUUCUGUGGCGAUGGGAGUAUCUAUCGCUAGCAUUGAGAAGGCCCUCCCUCCAGAAGCGCGUGUAAUACGCGUAAUGCCAAACACACCAGCGUUGGUCAAAGAGGGUGCUGCAGCACUUGCCAGAGGAUCAAAAGCUACCCCUAACGACGCGGAUCUUGGUCGAAAACUGUUCAGCUCAGUUGGCACUUGUGAUGAAGUACCAGAAUACCAGAUGGAUGCAAUUACGGCUUUGAGUGGGAGUGGGCCGGCUUAUGUGUAUAUGAUGAUAGAAGCAUUAGCAGAAGGUGGAGUCAGAUGCGGACUUCCCCGCGACCUGGCUCUCAAGUUGGCCUCACAAACUACGCUAGGCUCGGCCGCCAUGUUGCGUACCGGAGGCCAUCCUGCUGUCAUGAAGGACAAUGUGACUAGUCCAGCCGGAUCUACCGCUGAAGGAACUUACUUUUUAGAAGAACAUGGGUUCCGUGCUGCAGUUAUAGGGGCGGUGAAAUCAGCCGCAGACCGAUGUAAAGUAGUCAAUCAACAGCUUAACAACUGAUAUUGGAUCAUUAUGUCAUAGGGCAAUUAAUUUAUAAAAUUUCUGUUACAAUAAAAUAUUUUAUUCU